CUCAUGAGUGAGCAGCACUAGUCGUGUAUAUCAAUGGCCUCUGUGCCAGUAAUUCCAGACUCUUACAACCAUGUGUUGGCAGAGUUGGAAUGUUUGGAUCCAUUGCUUUCUGCACUCAGGCUGGAUUCCAGUCGUCUGAAGUGCACGUGUAUAGAUGUGUCGAAGAGAUGGCUGGCUCUGGGUAGUUCAGGAGGAGGACUGAACCUUAUCCAGAAAGAUGGUUGGAAGCAAAGACUCUUUCUCACUCAUAAGGAAGGUGCCAUUUCCCGGGUGGCCUGUUGUUUGCAUGAUGAAGACUAUGUUGCUGUUGCCACCAGCCAAGGUCUUGUAGUAGUCUGGGAGCUGAAUCAGGAACGUCGUGGGAAGCCAGAACGGAUUUAUGUUUCCUCUGAGCAUAAGGGCAGAAAAGUCACAGCUCUGUGUUGGGAUACUGCUGCCCUUCGAGUUUUUGUAGGAGAUCAUGUGGGAAAAGUAUCAGCCAUCAAGAUUAACACAUCGAAGCAAGGGAAGGCUGCUGCUACUUUUGUCAUGUUUCCUGUUCAGAUUAUAACCACUGUAGAUUCUCGGGUUGUUCAGCUUGAUUAUUUGGAUGGAAGACUGCUCAUAUCUUCACUCACGCGCACUUAUUUGUGUGAUACUGAGAGAGAGAAGUUUUGGAAAAUUGGUAAUAAAGAGAGAGAUGGAGAAUUUGGAGCGUGUUUCUUCCCUGUUGGAAAAAACAGUGGGAAUCAGCAGCCAUUAAUAUAUUGUGCUCGACCUGGCUCAAGGAUGUGGGAGGUGAACUUUGAUGGGGAAGUGCAAAGCACACAUCAGUUCAAGCAGCUGCUCUCAUCACCACCUCUUCCUGUGGUUACUCUCAGGCAGGAUCCUCAUUACACUGGCUCCAGCUGCUCUCCACAAUCUUUAUCUUUCCCCAAGCUGCUGUAUUUGACUGAGCACUGUGUGGUGACCUGGACAGAAAGAGGCAUUUAUAUUUUUCUUCCCCAAAGCGUUCAAGUCUUACUUUGGAGUGAAGUGAAAGAUAUUCAGGAUAUUGCAGUUUACAAGAGUGAGUUGUUCUGUCUGCAUACAAAUGGAAAAGUUGUGCACCUCUCCCUUCUGCUGGUCGACCGCUGCGUAGAGCGUCUGAUGAGAAGAGGGUUCUGGACCCUUGCUGCCAGGGUCUCUUGUCUCUUCCAAAAUUCAAUUAUUUCUUGCAGAGCAAGAAAAAAUUUACCUCUAGACAAGCUAGAGCACUUGAAGUCUCAGCUGGAUGCCUCAACCCAACAAGAUCUCACUAUGCAACUGGAAGAACUGAUUUCCAAGUUGGAACCUCUAGAUUCCGCAUGCAGCAGUAGAAGAAGCAGUAUUUCAUCUCAUGAAAGCUUCAGUGUCUUGGACUCUGGAAUAUACCGUGUUAUCAGUCGGAGAGGCAGUCAGUCAGAUGAAGAUUCAUGUUCUCUCCACAGUCAAACGUUCUCAGAAGAUGAGAGACUUAAAGAAUUUCCUGCACACCAGGAAGAUGAGCAAGUAGACCUUGACAACGUAUGUCAUGCAUCAGUGGUGGUUGAGGCUGACCGGAAUGAGACAUUUCUCCCAUUCAGUAUUCCUUUGUCAUUUCGUUCCCCAUCUCCUCUCGUCCAAGCUGUCAAAGAAAGUGUUUCCAGCUUUGUGCGCAAAACUACGGAGAAGAUAGGCACACUUCAUAUAAGUCCUGAUGCUAAAGGAAGACAAGAAGCCAAGGAUGAUGAGCAGCUGCCAGAGCUGACUGCUAAUCUGGUAGCAUCUCCCCAGGAAGAGAAAGAGUUAGAAACACAGAGCUGCCAGCUUCCUGAGGAGGACCGUCUAAGAGAUCUCAAGGCUGCAACAGCAGAAGCUUUAGCCAAACUCCAGGAUCCCCAGAUUUUAUUAGAACCUCAGUGUAUGAGAAGGGUUUUACAGGAAUGGCUUGUCUAUCUGGAAGAAAAAUUCAGCAGCAAAGACCAUUCUGCUUUGUCCUCUAAGAAAAGCAAGGCUGUGUGUGCUGAAGAACAGAGGGCAGUCGUGGAGGAAAACCUGCGACUGGGUCCAGCUGACGGAGACCCAGUGGACAAGGAACAGAGUAGUAUUGUGGAAGGCUGCAUUGAAAAGGGAAAUACUGAUGAAACUUGUGUAAGCAAAACUAGGUGUGAAAAUAGUGCUGAUUUGAGGGGACCUUUGGACUGUGGCUUUCAAGUGUCUCCCCUGUGUGUCUUAGAACCGGAUGUUCAGAAAGAUCUCGUGGACUUGACAACACUGUGUUUUGAGCUGCGUGUCUUUCCUUGUGGAAGUGGUGAUGCUGAGGAGGGCUCUGAUGGAAGUCUGCCACUGGCAGCUGUGUGGACCUGUGCUUGUAGGUUUAUGCGAAGAUACUUCUUUCUUUUGGAUUUAAAAAGAGUAAAGCAGUGUAUUAUAACCACAUAUGCAACCAGUCCUAAUGUAUGGGAAACGUACAUCGCAGGGUUGAAAGAACUAACUUGUCACAGUCCAGUGGCUUUAGCAAUGGAGGGUGAAGAUAUGUUGAAAAUACUGAAGCUGCUACAUGACCUGGGGCCGUGGGAUGACAGCCCGCUGUUACUGGUACAUGCUCAAAGGCUUUAUGAAAAAUUUGGGGAAACAGCUCUUCGGCCCUUGAUCAAAUUCUACCCCUCUAUUUUGCCUUCUGAUAUUAAACAGCUUUGCAGGAAUGAUCCAGCUCACUUCUUAGCAUAUUUAGAUAGUCUGGUGAAAUCAAAGCCAGAGGAUAAAAGGCCAUCUCUCCUUAGAUCUCUUCUGCAGCCCGAAUCUCUGCGGUUGGAUUGGUUGUGCUUGGCAGUUUCUCAUGAUGCUCCACAAAGAGCAAAUACUGUGGAUGCAGAAGGAAAUCCCAGGCCACGAUCACAUUUGUUUACUUGGGGCUACAGCCAGCUCAUUCUGCUUUUGAUUAAACUCCCAGCUGAUUUUGCUACAAAAGAGAAGAUGGCUCACAUCUGUAAGUCACACGGAUUUUGGCCUGGAUAUCUUCUUCUCUGUCUGGAGCUGGAUAGAAGAAUAGAAGCCUUUACUAAUAUUGCUCAUUUGGAUGAUUUGAGCCUGUUGAAUGGAGAAGAUGGUUGCAUUCCAGAGACCAUAGAAGAGUGGAAGUUUCUUCUGCAUCUCGCACAAAACCACAGCACAGCCUUGCACCACCAUGGCCAACAGAAUGGGAAUGCCGUCAGCAACGGUGGCACGAGCUGCCCAGACUGCAUCACUGUGGAAAAUGUGGCUCUACUGCUGGCCAGGGCCAUCGGCCCCAAUCGUGCUUUGCCUCUCUUGCAGGAGUGUGGCUUGACACCAGAGUUGUCUGAGAGAUUUUCUGGUGUCUGUGAGAUACUGAGAAUUGCUGAGAAGAGGCAGAGAGCGCUGAUUCAGUCUAUGUUGGAAAGGUGUGACCGGUUUUUGUGGUCUCAGCAAGCAUAGUAAACAACUUUGGAAAACUCUGGGAAUGUUUUUUAAUGUGAUGAUUGUAAAUUAAAGUGCCUCUUAAACUUCACAGGCCCUUAAGGAAACGAACUUCUGUCUAAAAGUUCAGUUAUAUUGAGCCAGUCUUCAUCUGGCAGGUAUCUGACCAGGAACUGUUGACAGUUCUUCCUUAUUCCUUUGGAGAUGAGUUUUGAACUGUAGAACUUAAAUUAAAACAAUACAGUAUUUAUCUUGAAAUUGAGGUCACAGAUUUCCAAGACAAAAAUUCCUGAAUUUAUUUUCUGAGUCUAUGACUUAAGUGUUUAGGGAUAGGAGCCCCUAAGUAUUAAAUUAUGGUAUAUAAAAUUUUUUUGUUUCUUUGUUUGCAAACAUAAGAAACCAUUCCUGGGAAAUAUCUAAGCCCAUACUUGUUUAGCUUUCCUGUAAAUUGCAUUGACCUUUACUGUUGCUGUAGAAGUGUUUGUUACGGUAGCCUUUGUUUUUUUUCUCCCUCUUAAAUUAUACAGACAGAUCUAUUUGAAACACAAUAAUUGAGCCAAGUCUUAAAAUGGGAGGGAAAUACUUUUCGUAGUCAGUUAAUGGUUCAAAGUGCUGAUGAACAGAAAAACUUGUUAAAUGAGCUCACUGUUAAACUACAAGCACAAUAUUUCUAUAUUUCCCAUAUCUGUUUGUGCAGUAUGACUAUAGACAUCAGUUGUGAUAUUCCAACAAACCUCAGGCCAGUGGAAUUAGAAUCAGAGUCAUUUAAGUUGGAAAAGACCCUAAAGAUCCAACUGUUAGCCUAACACUGCCAAGUUCACCACUAAACCAUGUCCGUGAGUGCCACAUCUACACAACCUUUAAAUGCCUCCACAGGGAUGGUGAUUCAACCUGGCAGUCUGUUCCAGUACCUGACAACCCUUUUGGUGCAGAAAUGUUUCCUAAUAUCCAAACGAAAUGUCUUCUGGUGCAAUUUGAGGCCAUUUCCUCUUGUCCUAUCACUUUUUAUUAGGGAAAAAGGAACUUACUCCCACCUGGCUUCAGCCUCAUUUCAGGUAGUCAUAGAGAGUGAUGAGGUCUUCUCUGAGCCUCCUUUUCUCCAGGCUGAACAACUCCACCUCCCUCAGCUACUCCUUAUAGGACUUGUGCUCCAAAUCCUUCAUCAACUCUGUUGCCCUUCUCUGGCCUUGCUCCAGCACCUCAGUGUUUUUCUUGUAGUGAGGGGCCCAGAACUGAACACAGCGCUCAAGGUGUGGCCUCACCAGGGCCGAGUACAGGGGGACAAUCACUGCCCUGGUCCUGCUGGCCACACUAUUCCUGAUACGAUCCAGGAUGCUGAUGCCUUAAAUGGCUGGAAAGAACCCUCUGCCACUCCUUUUUGAGUAUUAGAAAGCAAAGCCAGUCUUUAUUUUCAGCAUCCUGGGUGUGUAGGAAUCGUUUCCACAGUACACACACCAAGUUAGAGAGGUGCUAUAGUUUUGUACUAUUAUAUCUAACAUUACAACAUCUGUUUCUCCCACUUCCCAAAACCGUCCAUCCCAUCACAUCUCCCUCAUCCUACCUUAGACACCAUUCCUGAUGAUGACCCUUUAUCUUCAUCUUGUCUUUCUCUUCCUCAUCUUGUUCCUUGGUCUUUGGCACAGUAGCAUGCCAUCUGGAAUAGUUUCAAGGCUUCUGAACAGCUUUGACUCGUUUAUAUCAAGCAAUGUGCUUGUUACAUCUGUUUUCUGAGUACAUUUUCUACAGAUAAAAUGUUCUUUCCCUUGCUACAAUCUUUGACCAUUGGAAUUCUUGGCAAGAAAUAUUAAACAACAUUUUUAGAAGUCUUGUACAAAGGUACUAACAGGCCAAAGGCACUAGCAAACCAUACCAACAGUGCUAAAAAGCUAUACUAAAAUCUAUAUAAUAUGUAUUUUAAGGCAUUGAUGCCAUUGGCCUUUUUGGCCACCUGGGCACACUGCUGGCUCAUGUUCAGCUGGGUGUCAACUGGCAUCCCCAGGUCUGUUGCUGCCAGGCAGCUUUCUGGCUGCUCUGUACACAGCCUGUAGUGCCAUGUGGGGUUGUGACCCAAGGGCAGGACCCAGCACUUGGCCUUGUUGAACCUCAUCCAGUUGGCCUCAACCCAUCAAUCCAGCCUGUCCAGAUCCCUCUGCAGAGCCUUCCUGCCCUCCAGCUGAUCAACACUCCCACCCAACUUGUCAUCUGCAAACUGACUGAGGGUACCCUUGAUCCCCUUGUCCAGGUCAUUGAUAAAGACAUUAAAUAGGACUGACUCCAGUACUGAGCCCUGGGGAACACCACUUGGGACUGGCCACCAGCUGGAUUUAACUCCAUUUCCUGCCGCUCUCUGGGCCCAACCAUCCAGCCAUUUUUUUGUCCGGUGAACAGUGCACAUGUCCAAACCAUGAGCAGCCAAUUUUUCCAGGAGAGCACUGUGGGAAACUGUGUCAAAAGGUUUUACUGAAGUCCAGGUCAACUUUGGUAAUUCAACAAUUAAUUCUGACAUUUUGGAAAGUGAGAGGGACCACAUGUCUUCUUUUAAUAUUUUUAAAAGCUGAAUGUUUAGAUGAGUAUUUUUAGAUGGAUGCUGUCAAGAAGGAAGUCUUUUUACAUACCUGGUAGAAUAUGAAGAUUAAUAAAAUUACUUGGAUUUUAUAUCUCAUUUACAGAACUAUGCCUUGUACCAGCACUCUGCAUUUAAUGCAUCUUUGAAUAAGUUUCUUUUUAGGCUUCUAGUUUUGACUCUCAUCACUGCCAGACUCACAUUUUUAGCAGAGGGCAAAUGGCAUCUGGUCAGUAUUUGAUUUUCACAAAUGUCAUUUAAGGAAAAAGUUAAUACAUUCAUUGGAACUAAAUUUUAUUAAAAUUGAUAAUAUUGUUAUGAAAGUAUUUCUUUAUAAAGCAUCUUUAUAAUGCUUUUCAUCAAAAUAGGAGUUAGUAAUACAGCUUUCAGCUUUUUCAGAGAUGCAGUCUGACUGUUUCAUCUUGAUGUCAAUAAAGACUUCAUUGUGGAGGGUAGGUUACUUCACUAGACAAAGUUACAGGGAGCCAAUUAGUGUCAGGUUUUCAUCCAUUAAUAGUGUUGCUUGUGGAAAAGCCAAUUCAGAACUAUUUCUCAGAAAGAAACCUUUAAAUCUUUUGGAGUUUAGACUCUGACACUGGAAAUAGAAGGAUCUGUGCCAUCAGAAACACCCCAUGCUCUUACAGUAAGACUUGGAAUGGAAGCCAGGCACCUGCCAGAUGCUGUUGGUGACUGUUCUCCUCCCUGCCAGGUGAGGUGCUGCUGUCUCUCAGUGCCUGUCCUGUUUACUUAACACAGUUCAUACAGCUGUAGCUGAGUGCUCCUGUUGCCUUCCUUGGAGGAAUUUCUGUCUUUCUGAGAAUGUACCUGGCUUAUCUCCAUAUGUAAUGGUUCCAUUUGCUCCUUGUAUUUUGUGUACACAUCAGUCUCUUGCUUACUUCUGUGGAGGUUUUAUACACUUGGUUAACUUUGAGUAUGGGUUGGGCUUUUCUGGUUUUUUUACAAUAAAUCAAUACUUUCUGGUCAGA